UUGCCACAAAACUCUGAGUAGAAGGAAGUGAGCUCCAACAGGCUGAGUUUCAGAGUAGCCGAUCCCCUGGCUCUUGCUUGUUCUCCCACACGUUUCACACUCCUGCUUUCCUCUCCCAGCCGGAUCUUUUCAAGCACUACAGGAUGCCUCUUGGGGGUGGAAACAAAUGUGGCUGCUGCCAGAAGACUGUCUACUUCGCGGAAGAAGUUCAGUGCAAUGGACGGAGUUUUCAUAAAUCAUGCUUCCUGUGUAUGGUGUGCCGGAAGAACCUAGAUAGCACUACUGUGGCCACCCAUGAAAACGAAGUCUACUGCAAGUCCUGCUACGGCAAGAAAUAUGGGCCGAAAGGCUACGGCUACGGUGCGGGUGCCGGGACACUGAGCAUGGACAAAGGAGAGUCUCUGGGAAUCAAGCAUGAAACUGAUCGACCGCACCAGCCCACCAACAACCAGAACACAUCCAAGUUUGCCCAGAAGUUUGGGGGCUCCGAUGUGUGUCCCCGCUGCGGCAAAGCCGUCUACGCAGCCGAGAAGACCAUCGGGGCAGGAGCGGCUUGGCAUAAGAGCUGCUUCCGCUGUGCGAAAUGUGGGAAGGGGCUCGAAUCCACCACCAUGACAGACAAAGACGGAGAGAUCUACUGCAAAGCUUGCUAUGCUAAAAGCUUCGGGCCGAAAGGGUUCGGGUAUGGCCAAGGAGCCGGAGCUCUCGCUCAUGCGCAGUAGAACAGCGCGACCAAAACCUUUCUGAUCCGUACGCCUUAUUUCACUGCACCUGGAGAAAGCUCUCUGCACAUAUAAUACAGUAGUUACAGCAGCUUGA